AGCUGUGUCAGUGAGUUAGAAACACACACACACAUACUCACUUCACCAUCUAACCUGCACAGACAAGAGAAAUGUCAGGACCCAGGCCUGUAGUUCUGAGUGGCCCAUCAGGAGCUGGGAAAAGCACCCUGUUGAAGAGACUCAUGAAAGAAUAUGAAGGGGUUUUUGGAUUCAGUGUCUCCCACACCACCAGAAAUCCUCGGCCAGGAGAGGAAAAUGGAAAAGGGCUGAACUGUCUCCCAAUGCUUCUGGGGGCUACAUUACUUCCUGUAGCAGACGUCCUGUCCUCUGAGACAUCUAAAGGUGUAGAUUUGGUUUCCAUUAUUGAUUGUAAUUGGUUAUUACUGAUUAUUGGCAUAUCUAAUGUGAUGAGAGAGUAAUGGGGUUACUUUCAUCUUUCUAAAAUAUAAAACUUUGUUAGCGAAUUACAUUUCAGGUCAUACAAAGAUAUGAUUGUGGACAUCACAUGUUCUCUCCGACAUGAAUGCCAGUGUGCACUUUGGAGUAAAAAGCCUUUGAAAAUAGCCCCCUGUGAUCCCUAGGUUGUCCAUGUGAUGUGAACUAUUGCCAUCACUUCCCCACAGCACAGAUCCUCAGAGGCGAAUCAUUAACAUCACAACAGAACUUAUUUCUGGGAAAUUUAAUGAACAAUCUGAAGUAGUUAAUUAAAAAAGGAUCAAAUUAAUCAUCAGUGCGUAUGCCACAAAUUAAUUAAUUCUGCACAUUUUUACACAAAUAAAUUCAA